AUGCAGACCGACAUCUCUCAUAUGAUCCCUCUCGACCAAAUCGCCGGGUUCGAUGCCGUGUGGUGCACAGACAACAUUAUCACCGGAGGCUUCGAUAUACACUGCGCUUUGCCCCAGACCUCGGCAACUACUGUGCGCCCGCUCGAGUUUCCCCCUCAGAUACGCUUGGUGACUCCCGAAAGGACUCCCGGAAAAGUCGAUCGGCCGUUCGAGGUUGCACCAACCACGAUUAACCCUCCGGGUUGCGUGAAUCCCCUGCGGCCUCCAGCAAUCGAUCAACCCGACCUCUUUGCAGGGGACCCUGGCGCGAUGCACAAGAACCGUCAGCAUUGUGUGAAGAAGCAAUCGCAUCCCGGUGCUCCUUGUCGCGAUACUGCCGCUGGGUUGCCGGCAUCUCGUAUUUUGUUCGAGAAUGCGCCCGACCCGAUUUCUGUUGUGCCCACCACGGCCCUCUCGAAACCUCGCCAUCGACUCAUCGCUUUGCAGGACCAGCGCCCGUCCAAGACGUCGACCGCCACCAGGGCUUCUAAAGCAGGUGGCGCUGCCGCUGGUUUUACUCCUGGCCGGGAACCUGAGGGCGUUGUCUGCCAGCUCACCUUGACUGGCUUCACUAUUGAUCCCAACCUUUCCGUUCAUAUCUGUCUUCCUAAUGACACCAGUCAUUCCAUUCAACUUCGCCUUCGCGAGAGCCUCUGUCUCCCAGAUAGACUGGACCAGUCUGACCUCUCGCGCGAAAUUCUUGGGCUUCAGGACUCGCCUGAUCAUAUCGACUACCGAUCUUCCACCAUGUCCCAGGAGACCACCAACCGGUCGCCAGCAAUGCCACCCAACCCCUUUAGGGAAGAGAUCAGGGAACAGAACGACAUAGACGAAGUCAAAGUCGACGAGUAUUCAACCCAUUCCACAACGCUCUAACCUACGGAGCCCCAAGCCUCAUCAAUUAAAAGAGGCGCGUGCAGCUUAGAUGGAAGCCAUCGUGGCAUGUUUCUUGUCGUUGUCGCAGAACAUCGGGAGGGCCAGUAUCAAGGCGUGGAGCAGUGCACUUCCAGCAUUCUGCAGCCGCAUCCAUCGCAUGUCAAGCCUGACGCGCGGGAAGAGUGCUGUUGAGAAGAUUUAGGACCUGUUAUUGCAGUACUUCCUGAGACAGGUUAUAAGGUUGAUGUGUCCUCCGUCAAGAGCACUAAGCACAGCGGUAUAACGUGAGAUGCUGCCCUGAGUUGAGGCUGCAUGGUGUUGAGAGGCAGGUGGUAGUGUUAGUAGACAGGUGGUGUUAGUAGACAGGUGGUG